CUCGGCAGCAGCAGCUGUAGCUUGGUAGCCUGCUGACUUGUUUCCCGGCACCCUAGCCGCACACUCGCGGCUUCCACGCAACAGCCCACCACUCAGCCAGUCCCCUCUGACCCACAAAGCACUCAUGCCUGGGCGCAGGCCCCACAGCAACAGCAGCGGCAGUAGCAGGCACGUGCUGCUGCUGCCGCUGCUGGCUGCAGCACUGCUGGCCGCGUCGCUACUGCCGCUGUCGCCCAAGCUGAUCGCGGCGGCUACUGCCGUGGACGCGGGCCUGCUAGCGGCCGAGCAGGCGGCGGCUGGCAGUAGUGUGUUUAGUGGCGGCGGUGGCAGUAGCAGCGGCGGCGGCGGCGGCGCGCAGCGGGUGCUGGCUGCGGCGGCGGCGGGGCAGGCAGACGGCGGGGAGGAGGCUGAGGCGGAGAUGGCGGCGCAGCUGGCGGCGGGGGAGGUGGAGGGGCGGCGGCGGCUCAUGUCGCUGGUGCGGGCCGGCCCGCUGCCCGGCCUCUCCUUCCCCGGCUUCCCCGGCGCCGGCCUGGUGCCUGGCGGCGGCGUGGCGGGCGCGGCGGUGGCGGCGGGGGCUGCGGGUGCGGGUUACGUGAUCACGCAGCAGGACCCCAUCGCCAUCGCGCUGCGGCAGCUGAGCAUUGUGGCCAUUGAGGCGUACGGCACAGAGGUGUCCGCCGCCCUCGGCAUCGCCGUGAGUGCGCUGGACGCCCGGCUGGCGCGCUACUCCGCCUACCUGAAGCGCGAGGCGGACGCGCUCAAGGACGGCAGCUCGCCGGCACAGCUGGACCAGGUGCAGCGGGAGAUACGGGUGCUGGUGGUGCUGCGGGCCGCGCUCAAGGACACGCAGGCGCGGUUGGGCGUGUACGUCAAGUUCCUGACCGCCGCCACCAGCGCCUGGACAGCAUGGGUGUACGGCAUACAGUACCGCUUCCAAUCCGCCAACGUCAACUUCCUGACCGCCAACGACCCCUUUGGCGUGGAGUACGCGCGCGUGUUCUUCAGUCUGUCCGACCAGACCAAGCUGAUUGCGCUGCUGCUCAAGCCCUUCAUCACAGAGUUCACAUUCGGCCAGGAGUUCUUCAACAGCCUGGCCGGCAUCCUGCUGGACGCCUACAACACCGAGCGCGACAGGCUCACAGUCACACCCGUGGCCACACUGAAUGCCCCGCUGGGCAGUGGUGGCAACCUGCAGUCCGUCAUCGCCCGAGUGCAACAGCUGGCCAAGCGGGUGAGGCUGGGCGGCGGCGGCGCGGCGGACGGGCUCCUGGCGGCGGCUCGGCAGGGCCGCGACAACGUCAUUGCCGCACUGAGGCCGCCGCUGCCGGGGGGCGGGAGCAACGUGGCCGGGCUGUGGCGCCAGGCGAUGCAGGCCAGGCAGGGAGGAGGAGGAGGGGGCAUGGGCCAGGCGGCGGACGGGCUCCUGGCGCGCAUGCAGGGUCUGGCCGAGGGCGCGAGCAACGCCGGAUUCUUCAGCGCGCAAAGCGGCUGAGCUUAGGGAUUGGCGAGCUGGCUGGACCGCGAUAUUGAUACCGAGGACCAGGCAUACCGUAAGGGCCAGUGAGCGUACAAUCCAGUUGUCGACAUCAAGUCAUUUGUAAUUACUUGUGGUAUUGUCGUUGCUAUCAGGGUAUGGCGAGCAAGCGUGUUGACGUUAGGUAGAGUUUCGUGCGUCCAGGGCGCAAGUUACAGGUGGCGUGUACCUCGAAGCCCAAUAAAAAGGAGGGAUAUGUACAUUUUGCGAGACAAUUCGAAUCCAACGUAACGACUAACGAGGCCGGCUGCUGAAUCCGGCUGGCUGUCGGAUUCCUGCCAGUACCUCAGUUGACACCAAAAGUAAAAUUCUCUGUUGCAAAGAAACUCGCCAUCAAUAGACCGAGGGACAUAAAUAUCCCUUGUCUGUAACAAGUGCCGGCC